UAACUAGCAUGGACCUCAGCAGCUCUGUACAAAAUCCUGAGGAGGAGAAGUAUUCUUCUGUGUGUGUUGGCAGAGAAGAUGACUUUAAAAGAUCUGCAAGAAUGACAGCCGUUGUCCAUGAUCGAGAAGUGGUCAUUUUUUACCACAAAGGAGAAUAUCAUGCUAUGGACAUUCGCUGUUACCAUUCAGGAGGACCUUUACAUUUGGGAGAAAUAGAGGAUUUUGAUGGACGUUCUUGCAUUGUUUGCCCUUGGCAUAAAUACAAAAUUACCCUGGCAACAGGAGAAGGACUCCAUCAAUCUAUAGACCCUAAAGAUCCAUCAGCAAAACCGAAGUGGUGCUCCAAAGGAAUAAAGCAGAGGAUUCAUACAGUAACGGUGGACAAGGGGAAUGUUUAUGUGACUCUUUCAAAGGAACCUUUUAAAUGUGAUUCAGACUUUUAUGCCACUGGGGAAUUCAAAGUAAUUAAGACUUUAUGAUAAAAAUAUAUGGAAAUUUAAAAAAAUAUGUAUGCUUUGAAAAUAUUUU